AUCUAUUGUUAUUACGCCUGCGAGGCGACAAAAUAGAGCUAUACGUUUUGCGAGCUUUAACUGUUACAACGUGAGCGAGAACAAAAAAAAACAUUGUAAAAAAAGUGAAGAUUUAAUUGACUUUAUCAUAAUAUAGUUUAAGCCUGACGUUAUUGUAUCUAAUAAGUUAGAUAAAAUAUAUACAACGCGUAAGUCUAACCUUGAAGUGAUUCCUUUUCGCAACUGAGUCGCGCAAACGUUGAAACUGUGCCAUGUUGUAUUAUUAGCUACACACACAAAUGUUCGAAUCAUAUAAUGGUAAAUCAGUUUUAGUCGACUCUUUUUACCGUGAACUUUCUUACACUCUUUAUUAGCAUGUGGACUGUUAAACGAAUCUUAGAUGAAAAAAAAAGUGAUGCGUUAAGCGUCGACUGUUGGAAAAUAAAAUAAAUAAACGUUGUUGCCAUUUGUGAUUUUUGGCGGGAGUGACACGAUGAACGCUAAGAAAUAAAUAGAGUACUAAAAACCUUCACUUCGGCUCUGUUCAAUCUCUAACCUCUUUUCUCAUUCCAAAUUUCCAAGUUCACCUAGCUGCAAGCUGCUUAGUUUCGGCGCGGUAUUUCAAAAUUACCAUUUCAAUUAUAAAGUAGCUUUAUUCAAAAGUGAUUCAUUCUUUCGCUAUAAUCGUUAAAGUACUAGAACAUUUGGCCAAGUGCUAAAUGUGUAUUUAUUUUGAAAAAUGUUGAAAAUCUGUCAAAACGUAAAAAACAAAAGCAAUUUUUUGAAUUCGGUCAACAUGGUGUUACUAAAGCUCGAUCAAUUAUCUUCAUCCAGUAGUUUCAUCAGCAGUUUCGAAGAAUUCCGCAUAAAGUUGAGCACAACGCGAGGCGCGCCAAGUACAAGCAACGACCUGAAGGAGGCACUCUGCGAGAAGAUACCGCUGCACCACGACCUACUACGCAAGUUCCAACAGCUACACGGCCUCGAGGUGGUCAGCCAGAUCACUGUCAAUGACAUCUACCGUGGCCUAGACGGCGUGGACGCUCUAAUUAGAGAGACGUCGGAGGUUGACUCGCAAAGCGGGGUAAAGUACCGCGGAUUAUCGAUCCCGGAACUGUUUAACCUGCUGCCACGACGAGGCAACUCGCCGAGCCCCGAGGCGGUGUUCUGGCUACUGCUCACGGGCGACGUACCGACGUGCGAGCAAACGGAAUCGCUGGUGGCCGACUGGGCGGAGCGACGCGAGAAGCGCAAAAACUGGUGGUGGUCCGAGUCGUCGAGCGAGAGCGGCGGUGUCGUUGGCAACGUGCUUCGUGCUCUGCCCGACAAUGUGCCCCCCGUGGGCAGACUUGCUAUUGCCCUUACUGCCCUCGACGCCGAUCAGCAUUACAAGAGAGCUCUGCGGACGGGGGCUAUGAGCUACACUUAUUGGGAGCACAUUUACGAGGACAGUAUGGAGCUACUGGCGUCGCUUCCGGCCAUCGUUGCACUCGUCGGCUCCAACAACCAGUCGCGUCCCACGCCCCUUACGCUGCUCCGGAAAACCGACUGGGCCGACUUCUUUCUUGACUGUCUGCACAAUUCUCGCGACACCUUCACCGAGGCGCAACGCCACAGUUUGGUGGAUUUCCUCAGGCUCUUCAUCGCCGUCAACGCCGACGAUGACGGCGGUAUACCUGGAGCGCACGUGGCCCAAAUCAUGGGAUCCUGCCAAUUCGACGCAAGCCGUGCUCUGGCCGCAGGCGUUCUCGCUUAUGCCAAUGAACCCAUCACUGGAACGCUCAGUCAGUAUAUGGACUUCCUGAUGAAGUUGCAGAACGCCGUUGGCCGAGAACCAAAAAACGAUAUUUUGAGAAACUUUCUCAGCUCGCUCAUAGACAAGCGCUUUCAAAUCGCUGGCCAUAAAAUUGCGCAGUUCGAGGACACGCGAUACACUGUCUUGCGGAACUUCGUCAAGAAUCACGUGCCCAACGAUCCGGAAAUCAAGCUAUCGCAAGAAGUAUCCAGCAUUUACACAAAGCAAAUAAAAGAGGCGCGAAAUCGAUCGGUCGUCGCCGAACAGAAUGCUAUUGCCGCACCCUUAUUCCAAUUUUAUGGACUGCGCGACAUGGAGUACAACCAGCUGGUGCUGUGUAUGUCGCGAGCUUUAGGAAUCGUGGCAUCGAUGAUUUGGACGGCGGCGUUAAACGCGCCGGUAGAACGACCGAGGGCAAAGUGCACGCACAGCUACCUCAACGACUUCCGCCGCGACGAUCAUUCCAAGCGCCCUGGCAGAACAGCCAAGUACCACAGGAAGCCCGCAAAAUAGAGCUCGACGAUUGGAAAUUGCUUGCGCCACCCACCCAACCCUACGCACAUUUUUCUUCUCUUGUUAUAUAUUGUAAAUAUUGAAUGAUAUUUGUUUCGAAAAUAUAAUGUAUUUUUUUAUACAUUGAAAAUUGACAUUUCUUCAAAUAUAUCCUCAAUAUUUAUCGCUUUUGUCGAUAUUUACAUCAAAAAGCAAAUGGUACAUCGAAUCAGAUU